AUGGCCGAUCACCACAUGCCUGCGCCUCGGUCCGCAGGAUACUACUCAGCGAGCCGCGACGGACGACGAGAUGGCCCUGCGACGCCAGAGCGCCGGCGCAAUAGCAGCCACGAGAUGGGCAAGCCGGGGAAUGCGUCCGGUCAGCGAGACGGCGACUUCUCUCCCCACGACGACGUGUUCCACGACGACGAUGCCUUGAGCCCUCGCCGAGAGGCCUCCCCAUACGCCGACGACGGAUAUGGCCACCGAGAAGAGCGGGCGCAGAAGAAGCACAAGGGCCGCUUGGGCGGGGGCUUCUUGCUACACGAUGCCUUUGGUGGAGGGCGAUCUCGUCGACAGCGGGCUGCUCACACGCCAGCUCCAGCUCCUCAGCUCCAGCUAGGCGUCGGUCGUGAUGCUGCUUUCCAGGCUUCUCCUGGUCCUGGACACGAUAUGGGCAUGCGGAUGUCGUCUGCGCCCGUUCGGCGAUCGGGCGAAGAGCCUGCAAACUCACCUCCGAGCACUGGGCAUUCCGCCGACGGCAGGCUGUACGCGGACUCGCACCACCAGGAAUCGCUCGCUGCUCCGGAUCUGGAUUCCACUCAGAUUGUGCACAUGGCUCUCAGCCUUAGCGAAAAUCGCCGUCUCGCCUCUCGACGAAACGCCUCCCGGACAGCUGCCCCCCCGCGGCUUACACCCAUCCCAGACGCAUCCUCUUCAAGCAACAUCAGACAGCAUCUCCAGCAGCAGCGAAAGCUUUCGCGCACCGAUUCUCCCAGCUUACUGCAAGAGCCGUCGGCCCUGGUUCCCGUAUCUAGAAACAGCGGCAACUUCCAGUCCUCGUUUGAGUCCUCCCACGAUGCCCAAUACCGCUGGCAGUUUUCUGCCUCGACUCUAGCCAGAGCCCACAAGGCCAAGGUACAUCUUGAGCUGUGGGCUCAGUACAGGCGACUGCUCGAUGCGCUGCCGCCCCUAAAGCCAGGGCUCGAAAGGCCAUCGUCGGGUAGCUCCCCAGACUCUCCUGUGCUGGCUCCCGGUGCCCAAGCGCUUGCCAUCACGCUAGGGAGGCAGUACAACCCCUUGCAGUAUAUUCGGAAUCGCAAAGUGCGCGCGCGUGAGAGGAAGGUGAUUGACGGACAGCGGCAGGGCUUUAGCGAUGUAGACGCUGUUACGUCGUGGGUCGAAAGCGUUCAUCGGCAAAUGUCGCUAGCCGGGACGUCGCUUGUCGACGACAGACCUUCCAUCCCCCCCUAUCAAUACGCCGAAGAUGUCGAUCUGCAGACCUCGCCUUCGGAGGCCGUAGCGAGGCCACGGCGGCCGAGAGUGGACUGGAUCUUGGACCCUUGCGAUGUGAUUGCCGAUGCAUACUGGCUGGAGCAGAACGGGCACAAACAUCUUAUUGAAGACCGCCAUUGGCGAAAGAUUUUCCCGCCGCCUGCGACCUCCGAUUUGAGUAGACCUUUAUCCCGAGAAGUAGAUGAUACCAGCAGCAAGAUCUCGCCGUUCACAACAAGAGACAAUGAAUUGAUCGAAACGAUUACUGAGGGGAAAGAAUUUGGGUUGUCCAAAGUUCGCUCGGAAUUGUCUCAUAGCAGUACAAAGGAGCGUGCCAAACAGAAGCUACAGAACAUCAAAGGUUUCCACCACCGGCAUGGAAGCGCCGGGCAUGGCCACGAUAUACUGCGAUCAAAGAAGGAUUCUGGAUCUGAAUAUUCAGACAGCGACAACGACAGUGAGCCAAAGAAGAGGAUGCGACCUGCACGCAAGGGAACAAUUUCCAGCAACUCAAACGAUCUGCUGCAGAAGCAGAUGAUGGAAAUGGUGGCCAAGGAAGCACGUGAAAGAGAACUUGAAGAUAUGGCUUUGGCCAACGAGAGCGCCGAUGAUCAGAGUGUUGAGGCACAAGACAUGAGGCGACUUUCACAACCGCCGUCCCGAUUUACUAGCAGGCGAGGCUCUCUGGCGGAAAUUAGCGACUCAGAACGCAAAGCUGCCGUGUUUGAAAAGGUCAAGAAGAGCUCUCCCUCGCGCCUGAGUCUUGAUGCCAAUUAUCUUUCGUCAUCUCUAGGCAAACGAGCUUCGUUUCCCAACUCACCGGAAAUCUUGCCACUUCGCAAUGGCAAGUCUGAGUCGGUUGCCAGCGCUGACCCUUCACCACCAUGGAGCCGAUCAACGUCUCCCACAAGAAACCCCUUUAGCAAGAUUAAGUCAAUCAUUCGAGACAAGAACGACGACACUUAUGUACUCGAUGAAGUGGAAGAUGAGGGAGAAGGGCGAUCGUCAAAGCGCGACAAACUUUUGGCACGUUCAGGCUCGACGUCUACUCUGGGUAGGCGUCAAUCUAGCCCUGCUGGAAAGCUGAUGUCAGGAACCGACGGCGGUAAAAGCGCUCGCAACACGGGGAGCAUGCGACUUAGAGCUGACGAAAACGUUGGCUUGAGAGGCAUGUUCAAGGGGCCGCGUAUCGACAACGUGCUUCGAGGCGGUGUUUCCAAGUUGGGAGACAUUAUCCGUAAGAAAGAGGGAUCUGGUGAAGCACCCGACCUCGACACGACGGAUGAAUCUGAUAGUGAUAGGAUCAGGGGGCGAAAGUCGGCUCCCUUUUCUCUAUCGCGAAAGCCUUCCACCAGAGCACAAGAAGUACAGCACCAGCCGAAGCACUUUCUUGAUACGAUGCCUCAGUUUCAUCGCAUGCCUAGCUUUCGCCACGCCGCUAAUGGUGGUGAGAAGCUUGCUGCUGCCGCUGAUUCUGGCGCAGAAACCCCCGGUCGUCGGGCCGCCGAACUUGAUCUUCUUCGACCUCCGCUGAUUAAAAUCCGGAGCGCCUCAUCGUCUGGGUCUUCUCCGGUGCAGAAACCUCGCAUAGGAGACUCGGACGUCUCCGAGUCCGAAUCCUUACCGAAUAACAGCAGCACUGCCCCCGACGCGGCGGAUAAGCGUGGGAAUUCAGCCCUUUCGCUCAGCGACAAGGAUAACCAGCAUCGACGACUGCCGGGCGAGCACUGGUCGAUUGCUGACCAUGGCUUUCCUGGUCAGAUGAGGCUUUCGAAGCGCGAAGUCGCUAGGAUGCGGGCCCUGAUACUCAGCUCCGGCGUCAAGGCCAUGGAACUGCGCCGUCGCGCCAACGAGCAGCACAAGCCGUUCAGCAAGGAGAACCUCGCCCUGAACGCGGCCGCUGCCUCCCCGAACGAACCCGGCGGCGUCCCCUGGUCGGACAUUGCUAGGCUUACCCCCAAGCAAGCCCAGCUCAGCCUCCAGCUGCACGAUCAGCAAGUGCCUUACUGCGAGGUAUAUCCCCUCGCCGCCCGCACUCUGGGCGUCGCCAUCCAGACGUGGGGCCAGCGGUGGCAGUCUUCGGCCGACUACUUCCGGGACAAGACGACGCAUGACCUUCGCACGCGCGUCUGGGAGGUUCGCACGCAUAUCGCGGAUGACUUGUCCGAGCUGGCGCGCAAGGCCGCCGACGAGGCGGACGAGACGAGCCGCGACUUGAUGCUCGGCCAGCCUCUCAAGAUCAAGCACGUCAUUGACACCAUGGACAAGAUGCUGCGUACGCGGCGUAGACGGUUCCGCUGGUUGAGACGCGGGCUCUGGCUUACGGUGGAGUGGCUUCUCGUGGGCUUCAUGUGGUAUGUCUGGUUCAUGGUGAUGAUCCUGCGCAUCUUCGUCGGCAUCGGCAAGGGGGCUUUGCGAGGCGUCAAAUGGCUUCUCUGGCUGUGA